AUGGAAGACACUCCCAGCAUGACCACUCCCAGCAGGGACUCAACGCUCACAUUCCGCGAAAUCACCGAAGAAAACUGGCGUGCGGUGGCAAACCUGAGUCCUAAAGAGGGCCAGAUAGGAAACCUCGCCCCCAACGUUUGGUCUCUCUGCGAAGCCCAUUACUCCGAAGACGCGUGGGUACGAGCCAUCUACGCCGACGAGACGCUUGUCGGCAUGCUCAUGAUGGCAAUAUGGGAUCCUGAUGAGGCGUACUACAUUUGGCGAUUCAUGAUUGAUGGCCGGUAUCAGGGUCUCGGGUACGGUCGCCGGGGCGUAGAAUUCGCGAUUGCACGUAUACGACGGCACAACCCUCGAGCAAAGCAGUUGGGGGUGAUGUCGACGCCACCGGAAGGGAAGAUGAGUGGGAAUCCGGCGAAGAAUGUGAAGCCUGAAGAUUCGCCAUAUACGUUGUACCAGAAACUUGGGUUCAGGCAGACUGCGCCGCCAGAUGAAGAUGGAGAGAUUAUGAUGUCGAUAGACUUGUAG